CACCAAAAUCGAAAUCAUAUUCUAGUAGUGACAGUGAAGAAGCCAACAAUGAAAUACUUGCACAAGCCAUUAAGCUGUUCAAAACAAUUGCUCUUGUAACAAUGACGCCAAGAUCAAUGAAAA